CUGGAUUAAACUCUUGGCAUUGUUCCAGAUACUCCCAGCUCCUAAAUAUAAGAUGCCAAAAAAUUGUAUGGUUAGCAGGUUGGGAAGCCAUUCCCAGGCUCCUCCGUUAAAAUAAUACCAGUGUUGGGUUCCUCAGCAAAUCAUACAUGUAAAUUAAGUCUGUAAGGUUUUUCACCAAAGCGAAUCACCAUUUCAAAAUAAAAUUUUGCUUUCUUAAUAAAGCACAACACUUAAACAUCUUGACAUUCUAGCCACAUAAAAACAGAUCUCAACCUAUUGCUGAAGUGACAAAUGGAACAAUUAUUACGGUUUACGAAGUAUGAGACACCAUGUGCAUGUUUAAAAAAAAAAGCCUACAGAAAUAGGCACAUCCUCGUCAUAAACCUGACUGCUCAGUUUAUGAAAAGUGGAGAAAGAAUAUCUUUCGUUCCUCAUCUUGUACCUCAAUAGCGACUCCCGUUCCAGUAGACCUAGUUAAAUGUAGGGCCGCUUUAUGUUCAAACCUAGCCUCUUGGAUGCCCUUCCGAUCUCCCAAGAUUCUGCUAGGCGGUUCAGUUGGUAAGCUUAGGGUCGAAGGAGUCCGGAUGCCCCGUCUUUCAACGGUCAUGUCGGAGACCGUUAGCACACGCACAUGAGUUCCCAAACUCCUACCCACAGAAGAAACCGGCGGGAAAACGCCGCGGUCGCCCCGGUAGCCCCGCCGCGCACAUGGCGGGCCGCAGCUCCCACCUCCGCUGCCGCGCAGGCGCCAGGCGAGCCGGGACUUGCGGUCGCGGAGAGCGGAUCAUUCCGCCGUUUCUUUGUGUAGUUUAAGCUCUAAAAUUGACUUGUUUUCUCUCCUCCGUUAAAAAGAAAAAUCACAUCUCUCGCCCCUGUCUCCCGCCAGAAUGGGGUCGAAGGGUGGGUGGGUGAGGAUCGGCUGACGAGGGCAGGGGCGGAAAAGGCUGAGGCUAGGGGAUUUAGAGGGCCGGUCCGGGAGGGAUGCUGGGAGCUUUGACUCACUCGCACACCAUGUGUCCCUCCGCGCGUAGCACGGGGGACUUUUCGGUGGGGAUUUUGGGCGCCGACCAGACGCGGCAUUUUCGGAAAAUAGCGCCCUGUGCAGCUGAAGCGCUUUGUGUGUAGCGGGGCAGCGUCAGCCCGGCCGGGUACGAGGCGCCUCGGGUCCCCGCACCACCUCCUGCUGCUCCCCCGUUGCCGCUCCCGAAGCUUUUCCAGAUGUCCCUGGUAGAUUUGGGAAAGAAGCUUUUAGAAGCCGCACGAGCAGGUCAAGAUGAUGAAGUUCGUAUUUUGAUGGCAAAUGGAGCUCCUUUUACUACAGACUGGCUAGGAACUUCUCCACUUCAUCUGGCAGCACAAUAUGGUCAUUAUUCCACCACAGAGGUGCUACUCCGAGCUGGUGUAAGUAGGGAUGCCAGAACCAAAGUGGACCGGACACCCUUACAUAUGGCAGCUUCUGAGGGUCAUGCCAGGAUAGUAGAGGUUUUGCUUAAGCAUGGUGCUGAUGUCAAUGCAAAGGAUAUGCUAAAGAUGACAGCUCUACAUUGGGCCACAGAACACAAUCAUCAAGAAGUGGUGGAACUUUUAAUCAAAUAUGGUGCUGAUGUACACACCCAAAGUAAAUUUUGUAAAACUGCAUUUGAUAUUUCAAUAGACAAUGGGAAUGAAGAUUUGGCAGAGAUAUUACAGAUUGCAAUGCAGAACCAAAUCAACACAAACCCAGAGAGUCCCGACACUGUGACGAUACAUGCCGCAACACCACAGUUUAUCAUCGGACCUGGAGGGGUGGUGAACCUAACAGGUCUGGUAUCUUCAGAAAAUUCAUCCAAGGCAACAGAUGAAACGGGUGUAUCUGCUGUUCAGUUUGGAAACUCAUCUACAUCAGUAUUAGCUACAUUAGCUGCCUUAGCUGAAGCAUCUGCUCCGUUGUCUAAUUCUUCAGAAACUCCAGUAGUGGCCACAGAGGAAGUGGUUACUGCAGAAUCUGUGGAUGGUGCAAUUCAGCAAGUAGUUAGUUCAGGGGGUCAGCAGGUCAUCACAAUAGUUACAGAUGGAAUUCAGCUUGGAAAUUUGCACUCCAUUCCAACCAGUGGAAUAGGUCAGCCCAUCAUCGUGACCAUGCCAGAUGGACAACAAGUAUUAACAGUACCAGCAACAGACAUUGCUGAAGAAACUGUUAUAAGUGAAGAACCACCAGCUAAGAGACAGUGUAUCGAAAUAAUUGAAAACCGGGUGGAAUCUGCAGAAAUAGAAGAGAGAGAAGCUCUUCAGAAACAGCUGGAUGAAGCAAAUCGAGAAGCACAAAAAUAUCGACAGCAGCUUCUAAAGAAAGAACAGGAAGCAGAGGCCUACAGGCAGAAAUUAGAAGCAAUGACUCGUCUUCAGACUAAUAAAGAAGCUGUUUAAUUGAAAGGAACAUGUAGUUUGAUUUUACUUUUGGUCAAGAAAGAAUACAAUCUUGAACUGUACACAAUUCGGGUACAGUCAUGGGAAUACAGGAUAAUAGAAGAGACUACAGAUUGAUAAUUGGACUUAAGCCAUGAGCUCUGAAUUCUUGUAACAUAAAACUUUACUUUAGAAGUUGUGAAAUGUAUUUAAAACUGAAUUCUGUAAAUAGUUUUUUUUUUACAGUUCCAAAUGAGUUGAUAAAGAUUGUCGAGAUCCAAAAACACAAUAAGCCACUGUUUUUGUGAAUUCUUUUUGAUUUUAGUAUGAACCUUAAUUUCUCAGAAACAGAACAGUUUUAAGGGUGAUCGUUGUUGAUUAGACCAAAUGUUGUGUAUAAUUAUGUGGCAGACUGAUGCUGGAAUUAUUCCUGUAGGUAUAAACUUAUAUAUGAAGAGAAGAUUUCUCCCAGGAAAUCUCUGUACAGCUUUAAGUUGUCUCAGAUUCUCUGAAAACAUUUUUUAGAAAGCAGAACUUUUAUAUUUGUUCAAUUUCAGCUAUACCCAAGUAGAUUUACAUGUAUAUGAAACAAAUAUUUUUUAAACUUUCUGUUUGUAAAUAUUUUGCAUGUUUUCUAAUUUCAUAAUGCAUCAGUUGCAUAGGUAUUUUUCCCACGAAGAUGAUGAAAGUUACUAGGGAAAAAAAAGCCUUUUAUUCCAUAGGUCAUUGAAAUUAAGUAAGCUGGCAGCUGGUUUUAUUGGAAUGACAAUGUUCUUAGAAGGAGCAGCUUACAAGAUAACUUGAAAUUGCAAAAUCUAUGCUUUUUUUGAAAAUUUCAUAGUGGGGAUGUGAACCUGUAUUCUGUGCCUUCCAUCAUGAUUUCCACAUGAAAGCACUUUAAGGCACUGGAUUUUAAGAUAAUGUUUUUGGAAAACUCAAUGCAUAUGGGCUUCUGAAAUACUUCAUGGACUCCUUUCCCCAACCCCUCCCCCCAAGAAAUUAUUCUUACGGAAAAAAAAUUGCUUUUGUAUGUAGAACAAGAACUUUUUGUACUACAGUGAUGCUACACAUGUGUCUAAGAUAACUUUUACUUUUCCCUCUGAAAGCUGUAUGUCUGUGCUGUGACUUGCUCUCAUCACAAGAUUGUUAAAUUCCACAAUGUAUAGACAUAAAACUCUGACAUACUGUUAAUUCUUUUUUGGAAAACAUAACUUCAGGCCCCUUUUUCUUGCUUUAUUUUUUAAAAUGUUUUGUUGCUUUAUGAAAAUGUUUAUCUAACCCUAAGACCUGUUUAGAUUACCUACACUGUAUAAAGAAGCAAUUACCCUUAAAACUGUACUCUGGCCUACUUUUCUAUUUUGCAAUUAAAUAUCUUUUCCACAUAUGUUCAGUGUAGGUUUAUAUUUUUGAGCACAUCUUAAUCAUGCAUUAAAAAUUUUAUUCUACUG